CUUUCUCCAGUAAACCACUGGUUUACGAAGAAGGGAAAUUAAAGAGAAAAACAAAGAAAACAAAAGGAAAAUAUUCAAUAAGAGAUCUGGUGGGAAAAGAAAAAAAGAAAAAAAAAUCAAUUUCUGGGUAGAUCGAUCUGUUGUUUUCGAGGUCCAAGUUAUUCAGAUUGAUCCACACACACAUACGUAUAUCUAUCAAUCGACCAAAACAUGAAUAUAUUCAGAUUAGCAGGGGACAUGACCCAUCUCGCCAGUGUUCUCGUCUUACUUCUCAAGAUCCACACUAUCAAAUCCUGCGCUGGCAUUUCGCUGAAGACUCAAGAGCUCUAUGCUCUUGUCUUUGCAACUCGCUACUUGGAUAUAUUUACGGAUUACAUCUCACUUUAUAAUACUGUGAUGAAGUUAAUAUUCUUGGGAAGCUCUUUCUCAAUUGUAUGGUACAUAAGGCAUCACAAGAUUGUCCGCAGAUCUUAUGAUAAAGACCAAGACACCUUUCGCCAUUAUUUCCUUGUGCUGCCUUGUUUGUUUUUGGCUCUAGUUAUAAAUGAGAAGUUCAAUUUGAAAGAGGUGAUGUGGACAUUCUCCUUAUAUUUGGAAGCUGUUGCCAUACUUCCUCAGCUGGUCUUGUUGCAGAGGACAAGAAAUAUUGACAACUUGACUGGGCAAUAUGUUUUUCUCCUUGGGGCAUACCGAUCAUUGUACAUUUUAAACUGGAUUUAUCGCUACUUCACUGAGCCUCACUAUGUCCAUUGGAUAACUUGGAUAUCAGGGCUUGUUCAGACAUUGCUUUAUGCCGACUUCUUCUAUUAUUACUUCCAAAGCUGGAAGAACAAUGUGAAGCUAGAGCUACCGGCUUGAGCCUGUAUUUGGAGGACAAGGAUUGCAAGAAGCUUGAAUGAUAUAUAUAUCUUGUUUAAUUACACACCAGGUGCUUGCCAUUUUGGUUCUGUUUUGCCCCCAUCUUUAUGGGUGAUUAGUGAGAAUAUUAAGCAGAGUUCGUUGUUAUUGAUUUUUUAAUUGAAGUGGAUAAUUAAAUCCCAACAAUACAGAUCAUAUGUACUAGCAUUAGAGUAGUAAAUUUACUGUCUACAUAUUGUUUUGACUUCAAAAUACCAAACCAAAUUUGUUUCUGACUUGGCUCACCAAGGGCAGGUAGUUUUUAGUCAUUAUACUCUUGUACAUUCAAUUCUUUUAUGUGCACAAAAUUCAAUAACAGAAUCAAACACAA